AUGACUAAUGUCACGCUUGAUGAUAUAAAAACUCUAUUGAAAGAACAAACAGUGGAACUGAAAAAUGAAAUCAAAACCAAUGUGAAACAUAUUCACCAAAACAUUGAACAAACAAUAAAAAAACUCGAGAUAGUAGAAAAACAAUGCAUUUUCCUAGAACGCAAAAUAAGGAGAAAUGAUAUAAUCAUCUUCGGAUUAGAUUUGCAAGAUACUAACCUACCGAAAGCAACAUUGUUGAAGCUUAAUGAAUUACUAGGCCUCAAAUUGAAGCUGAACGAUAUAAACAACGUAUACAAACUUCACAAAAAGCCUAAUAGCCCAAUAAAAGUGGAGUUCAUUUCUUUCCUGAAAAAGUUAGAGAUAUAUCAGAAUAAAGAAAAAUUGAGAAACUUCAAGGAAUUGAAAAUAUCGAUAUCCAACGACCUCUGCCAUAGAGACCAGGAAGACCAAAAGAUACUAAGACAACACCUUGAGCAAGCAAGAGAGGAAAACAAGACAGCAAGAAUCAGAGGAAAUAAAAUUGAAAUUGAAGGAAAUUGGUUCACAGUAGAAGAUCUUAAGGAAAACGAGUCAGACGUAAAAACUGAUAGUGCUGAGGAUAGUGAUCCAGAUAGUGAGGAAGCAAAAAUAGAAGAAAAUACAACAUCAGAAACGAAACAACGAACCAAGAAAGCAGAAGCAACAGAGGUGAAGAAGAGAAAAAAAUCAAAUUCGAGUCCAAAGGAGAAAAGAAUAACAAGAAAGAAGAAGAAGAAAUUUAUGAUAAACUACUGUCAUAACUGA